AUGAACGAUCCAUGGGAUGUAAAAUCCGUUCGACAAUCAAGUCAAUAUACGUCUUGUAUGAAGAUCAACGGAGUACCGCUCUUACCACCUGUUUUGUCAAAGGAAUGCCGAAAAGAAAUGCAGUAUUAUAAGCUCCUUGCAAAGGAAGUUGAAAAACGAAUAUCACUGCUAAAAUCCUAUGUCUCUGGUAGUGAUUCUGAUACAAGUACAGAUAAAACUGAGGCACCUGAACUUCCUGAAUCAGAACAAAAUAAUGAACUACCAGUAGAAUUAAAUUCCAUAUGCACUGAAAAAAUUGUAAUGUCUGAAACUGAUACUGACAAAUCAAUUAAUAGAUCAACAAAUUCUCUUAAAUACAGUUGUUUAUCUAGCAAUAAUUCUGAUAAGGUCAUUUUAAAUUUGACACCUUUAACAGAUACAUCUAUAAUUAAAUCAUCAAAAUUAAUGGUUGAUUUAAGUAUAAGUUUCACAGGAACUGAUGAUAAAACCUUGCACGAAAAUAAAACAAAGUCUGAAAUAGCUACUGAUUUACCUGAACAUGAUUAUGAGGAACCUGAAAAAUGUCUCAAAGAAGGACUUGAACCUAAAUUUGAUCUACAAGCUAAGAAUGUGGAUGAUGAGGUUAAUAAGUAUGAGACAAAUUUCAAAAUUAACAACAGCAAUAUUGCAACAGACUCAUUUAUAAAUUAUGUAAGCAAUGAUGGACCAUCUUCACUAAGUUCCAAAAGUUUCACUGGUUCCCUUCACGAUAUUCGUAAAGAAAGCUCGAAAGAAACUCAAAGUAAACCUUUGAUUAGACAACGAUCAUAUACUGUACUAACACCAAGUCCCAUGCUGCUAGCACAUUUGCAGAUUCAGUCUUUAAGCACCGGUGUAGAAAUGACAUCAAUAUCUAUGAGUGAUUCACUAUCCAACUUAAGUUCGCCCAAUAAAAAACGUAGAAGUUGGGAUUUGGAAACAGCCAAGGUUAAAUGGUCUAAUAUGGCAUUGGAAUUAAAGAAAAAAAAUAUAGCUGGUAAUGUGACUGCCGCAAAAAAUGGAGGCAAUAAAAUAAUGGGUGCUAAGAAACAUGUAACUUCUAGGUCUGAAAUGUCCAAAACUCUGCCAAUACCUCGAUCUAGAUCACUAGUUAACGAGAAACAUCGGCAUGUAAAUGCAACUUCUAAAAUUUUAACAAAAUCUGAGAAUAUACAGAAAAUCAGAACAAACUGUAACCCUUCAGAAAAUAUAAAUGAUAAUAAAGUUAUAAUCCAUUCUCCGGCUUCAAAGGAUAUUCCAAAGACUGAACUGGCAUCAGACAAAUCUCAAUUAAUUUCUGAAUGUGACGAUCCCGCUAAACGUGUUAGAGAACUUUAUGAGAGAAUUCAAAAACAGCAACUUAUUCAAAUGGCAACACUUGUCGAAAAGCAGAAAAAGGAGCAAAUACUUUUGCAACAGGUUUUCGAAGAGCAAAAUAAUUUACUAUACACACAACUGAAAUCAAUUUGUCCCAAAUCGCCUGGUGAAAUUAAAGAAGCUUGGACUGAUAAAGGCCAGGAGGCAGCUGAGCGCGGACCAGUUAGUCUAAGUCAGUUAAUAAAUCAUAAACCACUUGAACAGAAUGUAUAUGACAGUCCAGCUAGCACUUUGACUGAUACAAAUAGUUAUAUUAAUCGCUGUGAUAAUGUAUUAAAGAAGAGCAGAGAUAUUACUGGAAGCAUCAAAAAGCAGCAGAUGAAAAAUGACACCGAAAAUUGUGCUCAAACUACGGCCACCAAUUGUAAGGAUGAGGUUAUUAAGGUACUUAAGACUCAUUCUCCCAAAAAUAGAAAUACAAAUGCGUCUAGGAAACUGACUUAUGAGACAAGUGCGUCAUCUGACCGUGAAUAUGAUUUGUUAUUGACCGACCGAACGAACGACACGAUGGCUGAUCUAAAUGUCACGUUCCCUUCCGACCACAGUGACGACUACCGCCCAGUUAGUCAUAGCGACAAUGUAGUGAGUCACUUGUGCGGUAAAGAAAUGUCUGCAGAUCGCGAGAGCUCAGGUACAAUGAAAGAAGUACCUUGCAUGUCUACAGACAGUGCUAUAAAAAGUGUGGAAGAUACUAUAAAGAAUUCAAUACUAGACGUGCGGGCGCGCCUCGUUAGAAAGAAUUUAUAUCAUGCUCCUACUGCUGAAGAGCGAGCUGCAGCCACUAAAAUAGUAGCGUACGCGAAAGGCUACUUGGUACGGAGGCUUAUGAAAACAGAGCGGGUUCAAAGCACGGUGCAGACGAUCAGAGAUGCACUUUUGUGUGCGCUGCAGCUGCAUCAGGACCGCGAGGGGAUUCGAGGCGCUGAUGUAGAUCUUCAUCGCCGGCUAAUACAGCAGAUCACUGCCGCAUGCUACUCGUUGCACGACACGUUCAUCGGCAGUUCGGCGGCGGAGCGCUGCGGGCUCAUCGCCGCAGACCGCGCCCGCAAACGCUCGCUAGCGCUCCGCCCCUCGCCACGCCACUACAAGCCCACGGACAUAAUGUCGCAAAGCCACAGCGGGUCUUUUCCGUCGAGGCCCAAACGCCACUCGCCGACCUCGGCCAUGACUCAAUCGAAUUACGAGAGCUUUAGCGGCGAGAAGGCGGGGCUUAGGUCGCGGUACAUGGGCUCUCCGCGGAGGCGGCCGUGGCGCUGA